GAGUAGAGAGAGAACAGGGACUGGAGGGAGAAACAGGAAAGAGGAGGGGGAGAGAGCUCCUGGGUUGCUGCCGCUGCUGCUGCUGCUGCUGCGAGAGGCUGUUUCUUUACUCUCCCUGGCAGGCUCUCCUGCUGCCUGGGAAAGUGGGUUACAGAGAGAAGGAGCUCAGCCCAGACGCUGGCAGAGAAGCAGCCAGCUACAGAGAGUCUAAGGAAGCACCCCUGCCAUUGACAGUCGCCUCCUCAUCAUUAAAGCAUUUUAUAUUUGCACUAGUCCUUCGGAAAAUUUGUUCCUCCACUUUCUCCCCCACUCCUGCUUGGAUUUGAUGAGGGCUUUGUUAAAUCUCAGAGGGGAAAGAGACUGAGCGAGGGAAAAGAGCGAGGCAAAGUGGAAGGGAGUGAGCGCUGGACCCGCCCGAGCAGCCUUGGCAGUGGCUGCGAGCCCCGCGCGCUAGAGCCCCUCUCCGUGGCCAGCAGCGCGCACACGCGAGUCCACCGCUGACCAACUCGCCGAGGCCACCAUGGUCGGGAGAGUUCAACCUGAUCGGAAACAGUUGCCGCUGGUCCUACUGAGACUGCUCUGCCUUCUUCCCACAGGACUGCCCGUUCGCAGCGUGGAUUUUAACCGAGGCACGGACAACAUCACCGUGAGGCAGGGGGACACGGCCAUCCUCAGGUGUGUGGUAGAAGACAAGAACUCGAAAGUGGCCUGGUUGAACCGCUCUGGCAUCAUCUUCGCUGGACACGACAAGUGGUCUCUGGACCCUCGGGUUGAGCUGGAGAAACGCCAUGCUCUGGAAUACAGCCUCCGAAUCCAGAAGGUGGAUGUCUAUGAUGAAGGAUCCUACACAUGCUCAGUUCAGACACAGCAUGAGCCCAAGACCUCUCAAGUUUACUUGAUUGUACAAGUUCCACCAAAGAUCUCCAACAUCUCCUCGGAUGUCACUGUGAAUGAGGGCAGCAAUGUAACCCUGGUCUGCAUGGCCAAUGGGCGCCCUGAACCUGUUAUCACCUGGAGACACCUUACACCACUUGGAAGAGAAUUUGAAGGAGAAGAAGAAUAUCUGGAGAUCCUAGGCAUCACCAGGGAACAGUCAGGCAAAUAUGAGUGCAAGGCUGCCAACGAGGUCUCCUCCGCGGAUGUCAAACAAGUCAAGGUCACUGUGAACUAUCCACCCACCAUCACAGAGUCUAAGAGCAAUGAAGCCACCACAGGACGACAAGCUUCCCUCAAAUGUGAAGCCUCAGCGGUGCCUGCACCUGACUUUGAGUGGUACCGGGAUGACACCAGGAUAAACAGUGCAAACGGCCUUGAGAUUAAGAGCACUGAGGGCCAGUCCUCCCUGACGGUGACCAACGUCACUGAGGAACACUACGGCAACUAUACCUGUGUGGCUGCCAACAAGCUCGGCGUCACCAAUGCCAGCCUAGUCCUUUUCAGACCCGGGUCGGUGAGAGGAAUCAACGGAUCCAUCAGUCUGGCCGUACCACUGUGGCUGCUGGCAGCGUCCCUGUUCUGCCUUCUCAGCAAAUGUUAAUAGAAUAAAAAUUUAAAAAUAAUUACAAAAACACACAAAAAUGCGUCACACAGAUACAGAGAGAGAGAGAGAGAGAAAGUACAAGAUGGGGGGAGACUAUUGUUUCACAAGAUUGUGUGUUUAUAAAUGAAGGGGGGAUAUGAAAAAAAAUGAAGAAAAUACAACACUAAAAACACUUUUAAGAUCCUUCAAUAAAAAUCUGAGUAUAAUAUAGGGUGGGAAAACCUCUCCCAGAAUAUGUGUCUAUCUUCUAAGCAAAUGACUGCUGUGUAAAGAUUCCAUCCUGCUAAGGACAUCUGAUGUUGUACACAUGAGACUAUUCAAGGAGUACCAGAUGGAUAUUAACUCCCCCCACACUUUAUCCUUCCUUCAUCCAUUUUCAUCUGUGGGGAAAAAAAGAUGGUCUUGCCUUUGGUGUUUAUAUUUCCAUAAUCUUUUUAUUCUGUUUUUCAUUUGAGCUGAUGUGUAGCCAUUUUGGACUAUCAAAGGAAACCUGUGUCCAGUCUUUCGCGGGCUCCCCUGCCUCCAUUACCUCUCUAACUUUUAAGAACAUCCCCUUUCCCCUCCAGUGUGUUCUAUCCUCCAGCACACCCAUUCCAAAUAUUCCCUUUUUCUCUACCCCACCUCCCUUUGCCCCGGCAACCCAGAACACUAGUCAUGCCGCCACAGAGGCUAGGAAGUGUCCUCAUCUCCUCCACUGUGCGCGUGUGCUCAAGUCCCUCACUCUCACGUAGAUGUACAUGUGUGUGAGCGUGUAUGUGUCCUUCUCUAAAGCAUGCCAGGGGAAUGGUCCAUGUGUACAUAGACUCAUUGUGCUGUAGAUACUGUCCUGCACUGUAGUUGUGAGGUGUGGCUGUCACAAGUGGCUGGGGGAGAUGGGCUGGAUGGGAGUCGUGGAGCAGAAUCCCUCCCCCCUUCGUGGCUGUCACGUGACAUCAGUGUGCAUUCAAACCAAGCUGUGCACCUUCUGAGGGCAGGACCCUGUGCCCUUCCUGGUCUCAUUUUCAGAACCCAGCUGGGAGUCCCUCAGAAUAUCACUGUACAUGAAAGUGCCUACUAUUAACGGGGUGAGCAGACAGGGACGGAUCCAUGGCCUGGAUGACAUGACCUAGGGGAGGAAGAAGACGGUCUCUGAUUUCACUCUUAUUUCAUAAACCUGGAGUAUCCGUAAGUUUCAUGGCUUUCUAAAGGCUCAGCCUCACUGCAGAGAGGAGCAGUGCCAAUUGAGCAAAUCUCCAGAAACAAGUGGGUAUCUGAAUGAUAACCCCCAAGGGAAGGACGAGCCCAUGGUGACCCUAGGCAGGCCUGCAUUGCCCCUUCACUAAUCUUCAAGUAAUCUGCAUUUGCCCCAUAAUGCCACCGAUUGGAGAUUAUUGACCCAAUCAAAUACUGUGAAGGAGACAUGAACAGUAGACAGACACCCGAAUCUUCUCUAGAGGUGGUUAAACGUCUGAUGCAAAGUAUUGGUCAUCACAGAAUAGGAAUUUCCGGCUUUGAUCUCCUUUGUGGAUGCUCGUCCUCCAGUUCAAGGCUAACGCUUGCUUUAUUGGCUUUCUACCCAACUGCUGAUGGGUGUGGCACCAUUACCCAUAGAGGCCAGUCAGCAUCCUAAACCAGGCCACUAGGGCACGGAUUUUAUUCACUUUCCCUACUCUGUUUAGACUCACAUCUGUGAGAGCCCUCUUGACGCUAACACUGAGAGCCGAGCUACUUGCUUAACCACAGGAAGCAAGGGAUGAUGAGUCCAAACAGAAGUAGAGCCAUUCCAAAGUCCUGCAUCACCACAAUGCCAAUAGUGUUGGCCUGGGGGUGGGGUUCUUAAAGGAAGGCUGCCUCUCUGCAUGUGGGUAUCUCUGCUAGGAAAACAGCCACUGCUUUCCCUUAAGACUGUAUAGAAGCACCCAAAGUGACUCACCUUAGAAAGGAUGGAGGGUUACUGCUGAGGUCAUAAUGCGAUGUCAACUAACAGAGCUGAGGCACAUCAAGUUUUCUAACCUUUGAAAUGGCUGUCAAAUGAAGGGGGAAAAAGAAAGAAAGAAAAGGAGGAAGGAAGGAAAGAAGAAAGGAAGGAAGGAGGAAGGAAAGAAGGAAUUGGAAUAGGAUUUUAUAUUUCUUCUAAGGAAUUACAUCAUUUAGUUUAUAAAAUCUGUCACAUCCUGUCUUCACGGUUUGCAGUUUUGACAUGAUCCAGAGGACAGACAGGGCUCAGGAUACAUAAAAGUAUUUAUGGAAGAUCAAGAGUUAGGAUAGGAAUUUCUAUCCAAGAGGGUAGCUGGUAAAGCAUAGGGAAGGUGUGCGAUAUUCUAACAUGAUAUAUUGACAAUCAAGGAUGUCUCUAGCAGUCUAGUCCUCUUGUAGAAGAGCUGAAGGAUAUGAGUUUCCCAUGUUAAAGAGUCUGCCACAUCCUUAAGGAAAAUCUUAGAAGAAGAGUGCAUGCUGGCCAAGAUAGAAGGAAUAAGAAAAAAAUCAUUUAGCAUUAGUUUCAGAAAUGGAUACCCGUGACAAUGCACCUGGUCUUCAGGGUCCCCAUCCUAUUUUAAGGACAAGCACUGGGUUCUGUGGGCGGAGUCUCUCCUUUGGAAAGAAUUCCUGGGCACGUCAAUACCAUUCCUUCCAUUUGUUUUAUUGUAAUGCCCCGUAGAACAAACAGCUAAAGAUUCUUUUAAAAUGUGAUGUUGGCCCAUAUCUCCAACAAGAUUUUUAAGAGUGUCUCUCCCCUGUGGAGAAAACCUGGGUCUCACCAUAUGCCCCAUAGGUUCGAGAAGGUUGCUAAGUCAACCUUCUUGAAGAAACGUUCUUUGAAGCACGGUUAGAAUCACUAGGGCCAGAUGACAUACACCAAGAUGCCAUAUACUUGUCAGAGACAUUCAUCAGACUGCUGCAAAUCCUUCCAAUGAGCUCACACGCUCAUCAAAAUGCAAACAAGUGAUUGGAACAAAUAGGUAGGGUGGAGUGAAGGAAGGCACCCAUAAGCCUGGACCACCCACGGAUUUCGUAUCCUUUGCCAGGAUUCCUAAGACAACAUCUUCAGCCUUAGUUUUCUGUUUAAAAAAUAGAAAUUACCUUGACUCAGGGCAGGCCCCAAAGAAGGAUAACUCUUCUGGAUUCUGUAACUGCAGAACUGUCUGUUCUCCUUGCAGUUGGUGAUCGAAACGACUUUACCCAGUGAGAGGCAUAUCGUUCUUGUGAAACUUAAAAUCUCUUACUCCAAAGGAAUGACAGCUUAUGGAAAAGUAGAUAGAUGUGUUUUCUGUUCAGAAGGAUUUCCUCCUUAGCUCUUACCUUCUCUUCCAAGUCAGACAGCUAUUUCCCCCCUUACCAGGAACACUUUUUUUCCUUUAACUUCACAGACAACUAAGGCAAUUCAAAGAGACCUUAUAACAAUACUCGUGAUUUUGAUGUUCUUGGAGGACUGACACGAAAGUGUGUUUCGCCUCCAAAGAUGGACUUUACCUCCUCUGCCGACAGAAACUAAACCCCUCAGCAUGCAAGGCCCUUUUGAGUUCUUUCUUCUCCUCCCAUAGUCACAGGGUCCUCUUCGAGAUGACUGUGAUGUGACAGCUUUUUAUUGGCUGCUCGUCCUAAAGUUUUAAUUUUGUUCUUUAUAGGCUUUGAGUUCUUUGUGCAAAAACAAAAAAAUAUGUGUGUAUGUAUUGCUUUAGCUCUUAUCUUUACAAAUGAUAUAUUUACAAUAAUGUAUGUAUUAUAAAAAUGUAGAACGGUUGCUUAAACGUGAAAGGAAGAGAGGUAUUGGAUUUGGUUUAUUUAAAAAAAAACAAAAAAGUGCUAUGCUUAAUUUAGAAAAAAUGUGGAUGCCUUUUUGUCCACUUUGUUAUUAUUUGUUUAAAGGAAAUUUGCUUAUGAGACCGUGUGCCGUGGGAUGAACCAUGCCCUCAUGCUUUUCUUUAUCCUCAUUCUCAGCCUGGGUUUAGUCUUGCUUCCGCUGUAAACUGCCAGAUUUUAUAACGAUGUAAGAGCAGUGUUACAUCUGACCUAAAAAGCUAUUAAAACUCUGAAGACAAACAAACCUACCAGAAAAAAAAAAGAGAUAGACCCCCAAGUUAAGAAACACAAACCUACUUUAGGAAAUCUCUUUUGUGCUUAAGUAUUAAAAAUGUUUCUCCUCCAGAGACUUCGUCUGCCCAAGUGAUGUAAAUUCCCCAUUAUGGUUGACAUCACAUCUGUAAACAUCUCACUAAAGGCAAAAUGAAUUCACAUUUACGUGCAUGCCAGUGGGAAGAAAAGUAAACCAUUCUCCUUGGCGUUUAGCUAGGCUGUUCCAAUGUCACCAACUGAACCUCAAGAAAGAAUUUGGUUUUGCCCACCGUGUAGAUCACUUUCUUCUUGGCAAGGCAGCUGGCGUUCAUAUGUGGCUUAGGGUUAGCAUUCAUGCCAGCGAAAUGUUUAUGGAUAUUGUAGAAAACUUAUUCUAAAAUCCCUGAUUUCUCGUCAGCGCAUUUGCAUACCGUGCUGAUUAAUAAAUUAGGCACCAAUCAUGUGUAAAUCAAUGUAAAUCACUAGUUUAUGUACAUGAUAUAAACUAUGUAAACUUCAUUUUUCAGGCAAAGCCCAAGUUCAGCUAAACCUAUAAAUCUUAAAGAAAAAGAAGCCAAAAUAAGAGGGACAAAAGCCGAAGCUUUUUACAGGUCAGUGGUCUUAGAAGAAAGCCUGAAGUCCCAAACAUGGCUGCCUUAGCCAAAGGAAGCAGACAUCCAGAACACUUAGAGGCCCUUCCAGCCAAGUGCAGCCCGCUCUCCUUAGUUCUUGCUGCCUCAGUGAAGAUUCUCUAGCCUGACCCAACCAACCCUAGGCAAAUGGAAGGAAAGAGGACUAGGGUAUGAAGGACUCCUAUAGCCAGAUUGUAGGUUUCUUGUCAGCUAAUACAUAUUAUAUUGUAUCUUUAUUUAAAUAGUUCCAACAGAUUCACCAGUACUUACAGGAACAGAUUAUCACACACUACCCAUUUUUUUGGUCUGCUUUACACUUAACCACACUCAAGAAUUACCUUUGUAUCCUAAUUUGAACAAAUUUGGCGAUGUAAGAAAUAUAUUAUAUCCUUGAGUAAUAUCUUGCUGGAGCUCCCUGAAUUUUUAUUAUUAUUAUUAUUAUUAUUAUUAUUAUUAUUAUUAUUACUACUACUACUACUAUUUUCUCUGGCAGCCUUGUGUAUCUACAUGCCCGUGGGUUUUAAGUAAGGCACAGAGUCAUUUGAAUAGAGAGUGUCACAGGUGUAUUCUCUUAGCCUUUCUGAAGUACCUGCUGAUUUAAGUGCCCCAUAUACCUUUACUCUAAUCAAAACAACUGAUAGAUUCAUCAAAAGAGAUUAUAUAAAUGUUCUACCAGACUAUUGUAGAAAGAAAUCUGGGUCACACUGAGGCUUACAUUUAGCUACUGAGGCCAAAAGGCACCUGUAACAUGAAAGGUGUUAUCAGGAUUGGAGUCAGGAGAAUAGGAUUAUUGCUUUGGGUCUCGACACGCAAAAAAGCCACAUGAUGCUGUCACUGGUAAUUUAUUUCCCAUUCCUGGAAUUUUAGUUCUCUCAUCUGGAAAGUCUAGAAAUGAAAUGACACUUCAUGGUCUCUCCCACCUCUAAACUCUCUGAUUCUGAAUAUGAAUUAAAAUUCAUUAAAUGCUGCCACCGACGCAAGGGCCCACACAGAGCCAUUUGCUGGUGUCUGGUUUUUCUCUAAGCCUAUUCCCCCACCCCCAUCUCUACAACUUAGCUCUUUCUAGAACACAGGGGCUCUGGACCCCUUCUGGUAUUUCUUUUCUGAGCAAAAUUUCUUAGAGAUAUAGAGGAAGGACAUUUUCAUAUUAAAGUGAGGGCAUCAAAAUAGCUGAGAUGGCUUUCUUGUUCGUAAUAUUGGGAAAUGUAACAGUUGAACGGUCGCCUAAUAGUCUUUCAUAGGAAGGAAAAUGGCCAGAUUGGACAUUAUGGACGUAAUAAAUGAGGAAGUUGCGAAUGUGAGAGGAAACAUCAGCUUUCUCUUAUUCUUGGCCAAGUGCUUCAUUACGGUAAAUGCGUGUCACUGGGCGUUCUCGGCUGGUCCCAAGCAAGUUCAAAAAGGCUGUUUUGUGAGAAACAGGCAAGGGAAGGGGUUUCUUACAGAAGUUUCUUGAAACUUGACUAAGAAAUAGGCUGUGAAAUUGACCAAGUACUUAGAGAGAGGCCUCUUUUUUUUUUUUUUUAACAGAUUGAAUUAGUUCAGUUUAAAAGCAGCUAUGAGUGAAACAGGACACAAAAGCCUAUCGGGGAGGCAAGGUUGAAAGAGAGUGAGAGUUGUAAAAGCUAAAACCUAAUGUGAAAGUUAAGUUUCCAGAAAGUGGGGUCAAACAAGAAGAGUUGCCGGAGCGGUAAACAAGGGAUUGUUCUGUUGGGCCACGUACUGAGCAGACAGCGUAGGUCCCACUUCUUCAUCCCAUUCUGUCUUCAACAUUCAGCUUAACACCUUGUCCGGUCACCUUUUUCAUGCAUCUCCCCAAAGAGCACAAGGAAUAGGGCUCUCCUGGACACCGAAGAGCAGAGUUCACUCAUUCAUCACCUCCAGAUUUAGGAUCACUGUUUAGAUGAGGAUAUGCAGUGUGUUCACAAUACCCUGGACACUGUAGUUGGGAGAGAGACCCGCCCACUAAACAACUCCCCAAUCUCAUCCAUCUUCCCUAGGCACAGCGCUUUGGAUGGUGCUUCUGAGUCCACCCUACGGCUACAUUCUUCCCAGCACAAAACCUCCCUGUGUAAUAACUAGGCACGGUAAAAAAAAAAAAUCUGCUUCUUGCAAAUGAAAAAACCCAUGGAGCUAGCUUCCUGGCGUACCACAGAACCCCUCGCCGUCAGUCAGAAGCCUCUUUUGAACUCCCUUACCUAAGUCAUUGCUCUUCACCAGAACACGAUUAUGGUUUGUUCUGGUGAACGUUGACCACCUUCUGCUCCAUAAGUAUUUGCUGGGAGGGGGGAGGCUAAAGGGAGGAAAUAAAAGGGGGAGGGAAGGAUACCUCCCACUUCUCCCCACCCCUGCUUCACCCGUCCCCUUCCAUUCGCUCUCCUGAAGGUUGUAUAAAUCCUGUUCUUGGUUAAACGUCUCCUCAUUAACAGUGUUAUAUACAUAUAAAUAUAUAUAUAAAAUAUAUUCCUUUUUCCAGCCCUGUAGACAUGAACUGAUCUUCCCUUGAUGAUAUAAAAACAUGGCCAUUUUUUGGUUCGAUUGUUUUGCCGCUCAAGUUCCUUUAUUUUUGUUUAUUGGGUGGAUAUUUUUCCCUGAAUACUAGCUCUGUGAAGGAAAAGUUUAAAAAACAAAAAAACAAAAACAAAACAAAACAAAACAAAAAAAAAACCGCGAUGUGUGUAAAAAAAUUAAGAUGAAAGAAAAGCCUCUUUUUUUUCCAUUUUAAAUGUAUUUAAAUUCUGGUUCUCUCUUCUGUUACUUUACACGUAUGAAUGCUCUGCUCUUCUGUGACCUUAAAACAAAAUGAAAUAAACGUGAAAAGGAGAUGU